AUGUCAUAUGUGCAUCGUGCUCUGAAGCAUAUGCUUGGAAGUCUCAUCCAGCUUAUUUGCCAUUUAUUAGAGUUCUUGCCUGGUUCUUACCUGUUAUUGGAGCCACUCUGCAGAACUGGAAAGAGUAGAAAACGAGCCAGAAUGGCCAAGAAAGCUGCUCUUGCAAAAAAGCCAGAAAAGGCUGUCGAAGUUUCUACUGUGAUGGAUACUAAGAAUAGGCUGAGUUCAAAAAUCAAGUAUGAUGCUUUGGAUAGAUUAAAUGAAGAGCUUGGUUGUGCACCUGCAUUUGAAGAAGGCAUAAAGUCUAAUUGUGACAGUCAUGGUGAUAUGCAACUGUCAAAUGAGAAGAACAGUCGUGAUGAUGAGUUUGAGCAUGAAAGUAAUGGAUACAGUGAAGAGGCUGAAGCCAGACAAGGCCAAGAUGACGUUAAGCAAUUGAAUCUUGUGGUUUUUGACAACUUUUUCGAAUUGGUAUCAGUCUGA